AUUUUCUUUCGUCAUCAUUCUGCGACAGGCUUGCCAGCACACAAAAACCACAACACAGACACUCAAACAAAAUAAACGUUGCUGAUUGCAUGUGGUUUGCGAAAUAUCGAUGUUGACACGUAGCAAUACCAGGCCCCCCUGCACCGUCUUCUCAUAGUGCUUUUGUGUGAGCGCGGUCGGGAUGGGCCAGCAGAUCUCAGGCCAGGCGGUGAUGACCAGUCUACCUGAGAAGCUGAUGAAACACGCCAGGCUGGUAACAGACAGCGGUUACCUCAACUACGAGGAGUUCCUGGGCAGGGUGGCAGAGCUCAAUGACAUGACAGCUAAGCUUGCAGCUGGACAGCAAAAACACCUUAUCUUUGAAGUCCAGACUGGCUCGGACGCCUCUGCUCUGUGGAAAGUGGCUGUGAGGAUAGUUUGUACCAAGAUCAACAAAGAGAAUGGGAUGGUGGAGGCGUCUCGCAUCAUGAACCUGUACCAGUUCAUUCAGCUGUACCGUGACAUUACCAGCCAGGCAGCAGAGGUGCUGUCAGCAGAGGGCGCCAGGCUCCCAUCUGGAAACCUCCCAUCUGGAAACCUCCCAUCAGGGGACUCCUGUCAGGCCAGCAUGUGGAUGGGCAGGGUAAAGCAGUUGACUGAUGAGGAAGAGUGCUGUAUCUGCAUGGAUGGGAAAUCUGACCUCAUCCUGCCUUGUGCUCAUAGCUUCUGUCAGAAGUGCAUUGACAAGUGGAGUGGGCAGAGCAGGAAUUGUCCGAUAUGCCGCUUGCAAGUGACCGCUGCUAAUGAGUCGUGGGUGAUGCCUGAUGCCCCUACAGAGGAGGACAUAGCUGGCUGUAUCCUCAACCUGGCUGACGAGGCAGGCCAUCCACACAGACCGUAAACUGCUCAACACUAAGACACUUUGAUAAACUAGUGACAGACAAACUGACAUCGGGAAUAGUUAGGGGUUUUUCCUGACUUAGUGUAGGGCCUGUAGUUUUUCCUCAUCAGGAAAAAACCUUGGCCUAGUUUUGGGGUAUGUAGAUAGGAUUUAGUUUGCUUUAUAGAAAUGUGCCUAUGUGAUCUUCACUUUUAGCAAUAACCACUGAUUAUAUUUAUUUUAUGUUCUCUUUUUUACUUUUCCAUAUUUUUACAUGAUUGCUCUCCAAAGUGGAUGUGUAUAUAAGAUUUAAAGAUGUGUAUAUACACAUGGUGGCCAGCUUAUUAGGUACACUACCCCAUUCAUGAAAAUGGUUUGUUUCUACAGACAGUGAGUGACGUGGCCGUGGCUUGCCAUAUAAAGCAGGCAGACAGACAUCGAGGCAUUCUGUUCGAUUGAAUGUUAGGAUGGGCAAAACUGACCUAUGCGACUUUACGCAUGGUUUGCUCAUCGGUGCCAGGCACGCCGGUUCCAGUAUCUCAGAGGCCCGGCCUCCUGGGCUUUCCAGGCAUGACAGAGUGUAGGGUUGUUCAAGAAUUGUGCGAUAAACAACAAAACAUCCAGUCAGUUCUAUGGUCAUAAACAGCUCGUUGAUGAGAGGUCGAAGGAGAAUGGCAAGAAUCUUGCAAGCUAAAAGGCGGGCCACAAACGGGUAAAUAAUGACGCAGUACAACAAUGGUGUGCAGAACAGCAUCUCAGAACGCACAACUCACUGGUCCUUGUCACAGAUGAGCUAUUACAGCAAACGACCACACCGGGUUCCACUCUUAUCAGCUAAAAACAAGAAGAAUUAGUUCCAGUGGGCACAUGAUCACCAACACUGGACAAUUGAGGAGUGGAAAAACACUGACUGGUCCGACCAAUCCUGGUUCGUGUUGCGUCAUGCUGGUGGUAGAGUCAGGGUUUGGCAUAAGCAGCAUGAGUCUAUGGCCCCAUCCUGCCUUUUUUCAACAGUACAAGCUGGUGGUGUAACGGUGUGGGGGAUGCUUUCCUGGCACACUUUAGGUCCCUUAAUAUCAAUUGAGCAAUGUUUCCAUGCCCUUUCAAAUUCAGGCUGUUCUCGAGGCAAAUGAGGGUCCGACCUGGUACUAGAUGAGUGUACCUAAUAAGUUGGCCACAUUGUUUCCGUUCAGCUUGGUUAUACCUACUCUUAGAAUUGCGCUUUGAAUCCUGGAUAAUAGUAGAUGUUUUAGUAUAACUGUUAUAGGCAGCUCUGUAACUGCUGUUGAACUUUGCAUAAAUCACUGUAGUCACAUGAAUACUUUAAUUUUGAAAUCCACACACUCUGUGGGAAUGGUUUGUAAUUUCAUGAAAUGUGAAAAUAAGUACAAUAAUCUCAUGGAUGCUUUAGCCAGGACAAGCUUUCUAUUUUCUCUUUAAUCAACAUGUUAGGGUGAGGUGAUUUCUAUCAACUAUUUUUAACAUAAUUAAAACAAAACUUCUGCAUUAUUAUUAACAAUAAUUAUUUAUUAUAUCACUGAUACCCAGGCCAGUGCAUUGGAUGUUAUAAAUAAUGUACUUUUUAUUAAGUGUGAGAGACUGAGUGAAUGUUAAAAUAAUACAUAUAUUUUUUAAUUCCCAUUAGGUAACUAAAGAUUGAAGCUGUUUUGUAUAUGCACUUUACUCACUGUUAGUUAAACAAUGAUUUAACAUAUUAAAAAAAAUAUUAGUCCACAGAACAUUUUUAACCAAAUCUGUCAAAGUAUUUUGGGUUUGUAAUGUUGACCAAUUGCACUUUUGAACACUUUUGUAUUUCGCUGUGACAAUCAUAUUAUUAUUGUGCGUCUUUGAGUAAAGCUAAAUCCACAACAACAUAAUUGAUGUCCUUUAGAAGUGUAGCAGGGCUCUACACUUACAAGAUGAGUAACUUUGCCUGAGGACUUGUGUUAGCAACCAGAGCUAACAACUAGGCUUUAGCUCAGUGGGCUAACGCAGUCUUCAGUUACAUCAAUAUCCUGUGUUCAACCUGGUUGUUUACAGAAGCGCACAGCCUAGUAAUUUUAUGAAAGACAAACUGCAUUUAGCAUUUGAGUGCAAUGUUCUAUGGUGGCCUAUAGGUGGUAGCAUGUACUCUGUAACUGCACCUGUAGUUGGCUGGAGUACUUUAGAAUGACUAAUUCAGGAUGUUUAGGACGCAACUUGCUAGUUAACUAUGAUUAUGGUCUUUUCUUGUUAAUUGAUAAACUGAACUGUCUCUGAACAUUCAUAACAUAAACCAACAACAGGCUAAUAAAGAGAGCAGUUAUGUAUAUUGUCUUAUUUUAUUACAUGUUGGCAACCUCAGGUGGUUGUCAGUCUCAUAUUUGACCAACUUUGUGUUUCAGGUGCAUUUGUUACAGUAUUUGACACAGACGCCUAUUCUAAGUAGCUCUUUAUUGUCAUAUAAAAACAAAUUUCCCGAUCAUACACGUACAGUUGAGUGACAUUUAUGCUGCAUUCAGACAAUGAACCAAUUCUAGGAUGAAAGUUUGUCAUAGUCGCCACAUGAUUACAGUUCACCUUUUGUCAAGUGAUUUUUGUCCAUGGUAUGAUGCCCACAUAAGAGAAGCAAUUCAACAUUAUAGAAAGUGCUCCGUAGUUAACCUCUUACCAAAGUUGUAUAAUAGAAAACACCACUCCUCUCAUACCCAGCUACGAACUUAGUAACUUCUUUAAAUGUGAGUCCCUUCACCUGAUAGAACACAAUAAUAUCCCUUCUACCAUUAUGUACUGUAAUUCAAAUAGAAAGACAAGAACAACAACAAAAAUGGCUAUGCUCUCGGAUUGGCUUUCAUUCUGGUGUGAGAACUCUUGUAUUGGCACAGUUGGUAGUAUUUUUUUUUAACAGGACCUGGGAGUGGCAGUGUACUGGCAGUGUACAGGCAGUGUCCCUCUGGCUCUCAUGUUCAACUACAAAACUGGUUUUCUAGGACAACAUGAGAAAAUUAGGUAGCGAGUAAGUUCUGCUUUCUCAACGAUAAAAAAACCUGCAUGCAAAUGAGUCAACAGAGGACAUGGGUACUGUGAUUUGCCUAGUAUGGUGCUGUUAGCUUGGCUUGAUGUGGUGUAGCUUACACAGUACGGUCUUAUUCAUAUAGCAAGGUGCCUUAUUCUCUCAGUAUUACCAUAGCCCAGUAACAGUUGGAUCUUUUCACCAUUUUGGUGCGUUUUGAGAAGUGUAACUUGCU